CCUCUGCUCUCCCUGGGACGGGGGCUCUGGAGAGUCAGGGUGCUGCCUGGGGUGGGGUCUAGGCCUGGCCAAGUCGCCUUCACCUCGAGCCCAGGAAGUGGCUUUCCAGCUGGCCCAAAAUUGGAUCCGAACCAACUUUGAUGUCUACUCCCAGGAGUCAGCCAUGUAUGAGAAGUGGUAAAUGCUGCUCAGCUGCUACAACUGACAUCCUUACCAGCAAGCCCGAGUCCUACAGGAGAGGUCACACUAAUCACUGAACUCAAUGGUGCUGGCUGGAAGUAAGCUCCUCCCCAUGUGCUCCUCCUCUGCCCACCUCCUCUGGGUUGCUCCAGGCCCGCAUUGUUGCUAUUAAUAGUCUCCUACUGUGCCUUGCCCCACCCUCUGCCCCUUCAACUCAUCUUCCAGAAUUUUGAAGGGAUGAGCUUCCUAAAGCAAAUCCAAUCCUGCUACUACAGCUCACAAGCUUCCCUGCUGGUUUUGCUUUGGGGAAACAGCUGCCUCCUUGGCUUGGCAAAGGCACCAUUUAUAGACUGGUGCCAACACAUUCCUCCAGCUGCAUCUCACAACCCUUCCCUGCACAGACGCCAAACUCCAUCUAGCUAGGCUGAGCUUCUCAUCGUUCCCUGAAUAUGCUCUGCAUAUGUUGGAAUGGUCUCCAGCCCAUUCCCUUGGCAAACUUCUAAACAAUCUUCCAGACCCAUUACAAAUGUCACCACUUACGAUGGGUCUUCCUGACUCCUCCUCCUUCCUCCCACAGGAGGGUUAUGCUGUGUCGUGCUCCCACACCAUCUCUCGUAGACCAUGGUGAGGGUCCCUGAGUUUCCCGCCAUCAGAAUAUAGAGCCAUUCUGUUUGAAAUGUUAAAGGAAAUGAUGACCUCCAAGCCUGGAGGUCUUGGGGCCACCCAAGGAAGUGGCAACUAGGUCACAGAUGUGUGGCCUUAACCAUGUCCCUAGCUCCUCAGCUGUGCACUCCUCCAACCCUGCCCCGAUGACUCUGAGGGAAGUGUCUGAGCUGGCAGCAUCAGCUGAGACUGAGAAACAGAAAAGGCAAAAAAAAAAAAAAAAGUAGAAGGGCGGAGUGUGACCACUGUACCCCGAGAGCAGGAGGGGCAAGCAGGCCAUGUGCAGACCGAGCACGCAUCGCCUCAGCUGGCCACACCCCAAGCUUGGACUUUGGCUGACUUGGAUGGGCAGGCCAGGCUGUGCCCAGCGAGCAGAGGUGCCUGGGCUUGCUCAUUCAGCCAUAGUCACAAGCCACCAUGCCUGGGAGGACCUGGGAGCUGUGCCUGCUGCUUCUGCUGGGGCUGGGCUCCCAGGAAGCCCUACCCCCACCCUGUGAGAGCCAGAUUUACUGCCACGGGGAGCUCCUGCACCAAGUUCAGAUGGCCAAGCUCUACCAGGAUGACAAGCACUUUGUGGACAUGCCACUGUCCACAACCCCAGACAGAGUCCUGCAGAGCUUUGACGAACUGUCCAAGGCCCACAACCACAGCAUCCCCACGCAGCAUCUGCAGGUGUUCCUUGCAAAAUACUUCCAGGACGUGGGGCAGGAGCUGCAGGCCUGGACCCCUGAGGACUGGAAAGACAGCCCCCAGUUCCUGCAGAAGAUCUCAGACGCCAAGCUGCGGGCCUGGGCAGGGCAGCUGCACCAACUCUGGAAGAAGCUGGGGAAGAAGAUGAAGCCAGAGGUUCUCAGCCACCCUGAGCAGUUCUCACUGAUCUACUCGGCCCACCCCUUCAUCGUGCCUGGCGGGCGCUUUCUCGAGUUCUACUACUGGGACUCCUACUGGGUGAUGGAAGGUCUGCUCCUCUCUGAGAUGGCCCAGACGGUGAAGGGCAUGCUGCAGAACUUCCUGGACCUGGUGAAAACCUAUGGGCACAUCCCCAAUGGCGGGCGUGUGUACUACCUGCAGCGGAGCCAGCCCCCACUCCUGACCCUCAUGAUGGACCGCUACCUGAGUCACACCAAUGACACCGCCUUCCUGCAGGAGAACAUUGAGACCCUAGCUUUGGAAUUGGACUUCUGGACUAAGAACAGGAGCGUCUCUGUCAGCUUGGGGGAAAACACCUAUGUCCUGAAUCGCUAUUAUGUCCCUUACGGGGGACCCAGGCCGGAGUCCUACAGCAAAGAUGUAGAGCUGGCAGACACCUUGCCGGAGGGUGACCGGGAGACUCUGUGGGCCGAGCUCAAGGCUGGGGCCGAGUCUGGCUGGGACUUCUCUUCACGCUGGCUCACUGGGGACCCAAACCCCAACUUGCUCAGCAGCAUCCGAACAAGCAAACUGGUGCCUGUUGACCUGAAUGCCUUCCUGUGCCAAGCAGAGGAGCUGAUGAGCAGCUUCUACGCCAGACUGGGGAAUGACGCCCAGGCCGAGAAGUACAGAACCUUGCGGGAACAGCGCUUGGCCACCCUGAGCGCCGUCCUGUGGGAUGAGGAGAGUGGGGCCUGGUUCGACUACGACCUUGACACUGGGAAGAAGAACAAAGAGUUUUACCCAUCCAACCUCACUCCGCUCUGGGCCGGCUGCUUCUCUGACUCUGGCGUCGCAGACAAGGCCCUGAAAUACCUGGAGGACAGCCACAUCCUGACCUACCAGCAUGGGAUCCCAACCUCUCUCCAGAAGACAGGCCAGCAGUGGGACUUCCCCAACGCCUGGGCCCCCCUGCAGGACGUGGUCAUCAGAGGCCUGGCCAAGUCGCCUUCACCUCAAGCCCAGGAAGUGGCUUUCCAGCUGGCCCAGAAUUGGAUCCGAACCAACUUUGAUGUCUACUCCCAGAAGUCAGCCAUGUAUGAGAAGUAUGACAUCAGCAAUGGUGGACAGCCCGGUGGUGGAGGGGAGUAUGAAGUUCAGGAGGGGUUUGGCUGGACCAAUGGAGUGGUCCUGAUGCUCCUGGACCGCUAUGGUGACCGCCUGACCUCGGGAGCCCAGCUGGCUUUCCUGGAGCCCCACUGCCUGCUGGCUGCCCUUCUGCUAAACUUCCUGCUCAGCCUGCUGCCACGGUGACAGCCCCACCACCCUGUCUGCCCUCCCCACACGUGGCCCCAGCUCCGGCCCCAUUAAACCUCUGCACCA